AUGGCGACCCGAUCAGCACCAAGGCAGCAACAACAACAGCCACUCCCACCCGUCCAAACCAAGAAUGUCCAACAACCACAACAGCAAUCCCCUCGAUCACCCGAGAUGAAGCAAUCCCACCCCUCCAAGCCCCCUCACCCCUCCUACGCAUACACCAGCCACGGCAUAACCAACAACAACCUCCUCCACCUCCCCAAACACGACUGGGAACUCCUCGCCGCCCUCACCCUCGUUGCCCUCUUCGUCCGCCUCUUCCGCAUCUACCAGCCCUCCUCCGUCGUCUUCGACGAAGUCCACUUCGGUGGCUUCGCAAGCAAAUACAUCAAAGGCAAGUUCUUCAUGGAUGUUCACCCGCCCCUUGCCAAGCUCCUCCUCACGCUGGCCGGAUGGUUGGCGGGAUUCGACGGCGAGUUUGAUUUCAAGGAUAUUGGGAAGGAUUAUUUGGAGCCCGGGGUGCCGUACGUGGCUAUGAGGUUGUUGCCUGCGAUUUGUGGUGUCUUGACUAUUCCGACCAUCUACUUGACGCUCAAGGUGGCGGGGUGUAAGACUACGAGUGCCGCUCUUGGAGCUGGAUUGGUGAUCUUUGAGAAUGGACUCGUCACGCAGAGUCGCUUGAUUCUGCUUGAUUCGCCUUUGAUCAUAUUCACCGCCCUGACAGCGCUAAGCUGGACGAGCUUCACGAAUCAGCAUGAGUUGGGACCACAGUACGCAUUCAGGCCUUCCUGGUGGUUCUGGCUGGCCGCCACUGGUCUCACACUCGGCGCAACAGUCAGCGUGAAGUGGGUUGGUCUCUUCACCAUCGCCUGGGUGGGGUCGCUCACAGCCCUCCAGCUCUGGGUCCUCCUUGGCGACACGAAAAAUGUCAACAUCCGCGUGUGGUUCAAGCACCUCUUCGCCCGCAUCUUCUGCCUCAUCGUCAUCCCGGUCACCUUCUACAUGGCCAUGUUCGCCAUCCACUUCGUCUGCCUCGUCAACCCUGGAGACGGCGAUGGCUUCAUGUCCUCGGAAUUCCAAAGCACUCUCAACAGCAAAGGCAUGGCCGACGUCCCCGCCGACGUCGCUUUCGGCUCCCGCGUCAGCUUCCGCCACCACAAUACCCAAGGCGGCUACCUCCACUCCCACUCCCACAUGUACCCAGCCGGAUCCAAACAACAACAAAUCACCCUCUACCCGCACAAAGACGAGAACAACGUCUUCCUCCUCGAGAACCAAACCCAACCCAUCAACUGGGCCCUCGACCCCACAGGCAAUACCUCCUUCCCCGGCCCCCUAGCCUGGGACAACCUCGCCCAACCCGCCUUCAUCGAAGACGGCUCCCUCAUCCGCCUCUACCACAUCGUCACCGAUCGCCGUCUCCACUCCCACGACGUCCGCCCCCCCAUCACCGAAGCCGAAUGGCAAAACGAAGUCUCGGCCUACGGCUACGAGGGCUUCGAAGGCGACGCCAACGAUCUCUUCCGCGUGGAGAUCGUCAAAUCCCUCUCUGACGGCGCGGCCGCGAAGACGAGACUCAGGACUAUCCAGUCCAAGUUCAAGCUCGUGCAUAUCAUGACUGGAUGUGUGCUCUUCAGUCAUAAAGUCAAAUUACCCGAUUGGGGCUUCGAACAGCAGGAGGUGACGUGCGCCAAAGGCGGCACCUUGCCGAAUUCCGUCUGGUAUAUCGAGAGUAAUAACCACCCCCAACUCGACUCGGUCAGCGAGAAAGUGAAUUACCGCAACCCAGGCUUCUUCGGCAAAUUCUGGGAAUUACAACAGGUAAUGUGGACCACCAACGCCGGCCUCGUGGAAUCGCACGCCUGGGACUCCCGACCGCCUAGCUGGCCGAUUCUGAGGCGCGGGAUUAAUUUCUGGGGGGUCGAUCACAGACAGAUUUACCUGAUUGGAAAUCCGUUAAUUUGGUGGAGUAGUACGGCUGCGAUUGGGUUGUGGGUGGCUUUCAAGGCGUUGGCUGUGUUGAGGUGGCAGAGGGGGUGUGGGGAUUAUGGGAAUGUGGUUUUGAGACGGUUCGAUUAUGAGAUUGGGAUGAGUGUGCUGGGGUGGGCGUUUCAUUAUUUUCCGUUUUAUCUUAUGCAACGUCAACUCUUCCUCCACCACUACUUCCCGGCCUUGUACUUCGCCAUCAUGGUCUUCGCCCAGAUCUUCGACUUCACCACUUCCCGCAUCACUCUCUCCCUCCCCAACAAUAUCAACCUGACGCUCAAAAACCAACCUUAUAUCGCCCGCGUCUCCGCCGUCGUCUUCCUGGCUCUAUCCAUCGUCGUCUUUGGCCUUUAUGCUCCUCUUAGCUAUGGAAACUCCUGGACUAAGAACGAUUGUAAUCGCGUUAAGCUUUUUGGGACUUGGGAUUGGGAUUGUAAUACUUUUCACGAUUCUUAUGCGGAUUACUCCCUCUCUGUCAAGCCUGCUUCGGGUCCUGCUCCUACGGGCGACGCGGGUAUGGCUGCUGUGAACGGGCCGGCGCCGCCGGUUGCCGAGGAUCCGGCGAAGGAUGUCCUGGUUACGCCUGGCAUGCCUGCUCCUGUGGGUGGUGGGCAGCAGGUCCUCUCCGGUGCUGCGGGAGCUCCGAUCGUGGAAGAGAAGGUCGAAUAUCGGGACGAUCAGGGGAAUCUGCUCGAUGAAGAACAGGUUAAAGCUUUGGAAGGGAAAGUGUCUUUUUCCACGCGGUACGAGACGAGGACGAGGAUGGUGGAUACGCAGGGGAAUGAGAUCUUUAAUGAGGUCGUUGGUGGGGAGGAGGAGAAGAACUUCGCGGGCUCGUCGGCUGAUGGGCCGGAUGAGGCGACUGCGGGGGAGAGUGGAGGGGCGGAGGCAAGUACGAAGCCGGGGAGUGUGAAUGUUGAGGCGGACCUGCGCAAGGAGGCUGCUGUCGAGGGCGGUGCGGGGACGGCUGAGCCCGAAAGUGGGGCGGGGAAGGAGACGGGGAGGGAUGAGUUGUAG